AUGGCACCACGUUCAGUGGCCACGGGUGAGGACUACCAUACCCCAACCCAGCGGUAUCAGCACAAGAUCAGACAACUGAAGGAGCUGCUCUCGCAGCCUCACAUAGACCUGGAGCAGCGUGAUACUGAAAUUCUAAGACUUACCAAAGAGGUUGUUGAGCUGCGGCUCUUCAAAGCAUCGCUCAGUUCCCCGGAGGAACGUUCAAACUUCAGGGACGCCGUAACGGUACAAGAGAACACCACCAACGAUGCAAACACGCCCAGCUCUCAAGGCAUUUCACCGAUUGUCCAUGGCAUCCACCAGUGUGCAGUUCAUGGACAAGAUGUCCACCUUGAUAAAGAGUUGCAGAGCUCGUUUGCCGAUGUGGGACAUUUCGAGGACAUUACGACCUCGUCGAUCCAUUCCAAGGAUCCGUACGUACACACGCAGGAUCGUGCUUGCGGAAGCAACGAUGACAUUGAUACCGAGAAGCAGCGGCUUGUCGAGAUGUACAAAGCUCGCAUUGAGAAGCUAGUUAAACAACAACAGGCAGACGAACAGCAGAAUCGCAUGUCCAACAAUGAUCGCCUUGAGGCUUUGCUGCAAAAAUUGUCCGAAUCGAACAGCAGAUAUUGUGAUCUGGAUCCAGACUACUGUGAAAAUCACCAGUCGAUUAACGUUGUCAAACUAAAUUUUAAUUCUAGACGCAGCUGA